AUGUCUGGCCGCCAACUGCGUCCUCGUAAGACCGCCGGUAGUGCCAGCCGUUCUCCGGGCCGAAAGCCCAAAUAUGCGGCUGCAACGAAUAGUGAGAGCGACUCCGGCAAGGACGACGGAGCUGUCAGGGAGAAGCGCGCCCGGAGUCGCUCCCCUUCCGCCGGCCCCUCGAAGCAGCAAAAACGCCCGAAAUACACAGCCCCUUUGACCAGCGACGGCGAGAAUGGGAAAGACGAGGCCGCCGUCCGGGAGAAGCCUUCGCCAUCUCGCUCUCCAUCCAACGGGCCACCGACCGAUCGCACGGGUGUGUACUUCCUGGGCAGCAUGAUCGACUACAAAAUUGAGCACGACCAUUAUGGGGUCAUCCGCUCUGUGCGUCCUCCCAACGGAUUCCAGGGCGGACCAAAGGUUGGCGACAUUUUGUUGGAGACAUCGUACGCGCAAAACCACACGAACCGAUUUGCCCCACCAUUCGUUUGGUGCUGGGAGGGCACCAAGAAAGGACAUGAUGAAAUGCUUCGCCUUCUCAAGGCGACGGCGGAUACUUUGAUGGCCGUCACCGACGCCAGAUGCGUCGCAUGCCAUGAUGAGAAACUCGUGGUGAACGAAGGCGCUCUGCGCCUAUGUGUAAACUGUGAUCGCAGCGUCAACACCUGGACGGGUGAACGCAAUCGGUGCACGGCUGCCCCGUGGCACGCGCAGAACCGAGACAACCCGUCGAACGCGCUGCUGGGUCGAUGUGCUGAGUGCAGGACCAGGCGUGCCGCCUUUUACGGCUUUAUUCCGGACAACCAUCACGUUCGGGACCUUCUGGGCCUGCAGCCGCCGCUCCCAGACAACACCCACACUGCUCGCGCCAUUCGUGACAGGCCGCACAAGAAGCAG